AUCAACAGUGACAGUUUACAGUGGAGUUGCACAGUGAGAUGAAAACAAACACCACAUCCUGCUUAGAUGAAGAUGAAGGCGGGGAUAGAGAACAGACAGCAAACCCAACGCACGUUGUCAUGAAAACAAACCGCAGAUGAAGGCCAGCUGCCAUGUACAUCACAAGAGAAAUGAUGACAUCAUGAAGAUUUGAAAGUCUAUAGAAUCAUCAAAACUGAUCAGUUCGAAAAUCAAUAUGACAUGGAUUUCUUUUAAAGAGUAGCAACCUCAGGCAUGCUGGUAAAAACAAACAAACAAGGAAUUCUAUUAUGUUCCUCUAUAUUAAACAUGGGGACAAUGAGACGUUUCUUGCGAGCACCAACUGCCGUGUGGUUGUCCUUCUCCAGUACAUGAGAUCCAAGCUUGGCCUUCCAGAGUCAGAGCUAGUGGAUCUGUGUGAUGACAAGGGCUCUCUGAAGCUGAUGUUUCAGUCCCACCUGUCACAAGAGUAUUGCAGUCAACUACUUGCCUCCCGAUGCACCUUUACUGUCUGCAUUAUCAACAGAAAUCCAACAGAUGGUGCCUAUGUUUCCAUCACUCCCUCAGUGACCAAUCCAGAUCCUGCCCUUCUCGAGACACUGCAGACUCAGACUGAAAGUCUGGAGAGGGCUCGUCUUCGACACCUCCGUUCUCAAGAGGACCGCAGAUCAACAGAGAUGCCUACUCAGGCCCAGCCCACACAGCCAGCUAAAGGUCGAGGCCGAGCCGUACAUGUAGAAGCUCCUGAUGAGGAACCCCAACGCCGUCCCGCAGGGAAGAGGGGCAGGAACUGAAAAAGGAAAACAUCCCAUUCAAUUAUAUGCACAUAAAGGAGACAUUGUUUCAAUUGAAGCUUGAGUAGACAUUGGGUUUUUAUAGGAAUAUAUCUUGUGAUUUCUUCACAUGAAAUUAUGGUGUUUGUGUGGGGUCAUUGGUGUCAUUUCUCUACAAUGAUAUGUGGCAGGAUGUAAGUAUAUCAAAAACAUUUGCAUAGGCUUCCAACAAACUAGUUUUACACCCACAACAGCAAUGCCUGCGAUAUAUAAAUAAAUACAAAGAUUUUAUGACAGAUAAGACAGAUAAGAAGUAGGCUAAAUUAAGUUGCUGUACCAAAACUUGCCACAAGGAGAAACAUGUCAUUCUCUUUUCUUGAGCCAUCUUAAUUUGCCAGAUAUUUGUACAUGCAUAUCAGAAGAUACGACACUGCAUGACCCAUCCUACCCUGCCCACAAAAAAGGACCCUGAUAUUACGAAAUAUGGCCAGAAAUAGGUCAAAUCGUCUUUAAAAUUGAAAAUAUAAUUGAAUGAUUGGGUUGUAACAGCCUUAUGCAUAGGUACAACAACGUAAUUACAAUUCCAACAACACAGAAAGCAUCGUUUGAUUUAAAUAGCCUAACACAACUAAAUAAACAAAAAUAGAUAGAUAUUUUCGAUAAUGUAAAAAUAUUUGGGUACGUAGCCAUAGUCUUCUAAAAAAACGAAAAUAAGAAAUACUGAUCUGUUAAAGUGACUGCCCAAGUCUCGCCUGUUUAUUAAUACUUGCUAAUUCCGUUGUUUCCCUAUACAUACCUACUCUGUUUUCAAUUUAGAGUAGCCAUGUCUCCCUUUUAAUAAAAGUUAUAUUGCAUUAUUCCAAUGCUGCUGCAACUGACACUGAUUUCCACAAACUGUCGACUCUAGCUAUUUGUUAUUCUAAAAACGACAUUAAUUUACAUGUUGGCCAUGUAAUAGUAAGUAAUAACGUACGGGGCAUACUAUACAUUAUAUACGUUCAUUUGCGGUAAUGCAGAGGGGUCCUUUAUUUCCGGGUAAGAAGAUGUGCAGGGUAUUAUGGAUCGUGCAGCCACAGAUAUGUUUGAUGAUACGCUUGAUUUAAAGGCAAUAAAUACAUAUUUUUCGAAAGAGUUAUGUUUUCGCGCUCCCUUCUUUAUUUUUUACUUUCAGUGGAGAAUAGUUUUAAGAUGGUCCCUUGACGUAAAUGACGGAUUACGUCAUCUACGGCUUCAGUGAUUGGUGGGUAUGAAUACCUGUUUGUUACCAAGCUACGACCUGUUGGAAAAUUGUAUGAAAUGAGUUUGGAUGGAUAAUUAUUUUUAAGAGGGAUGUAGUGUGUGAACCCAAAGGUUUUAUCCCUGCUAACUGUCAGGAGUUGAUGAGCUGUAGGCUACUUGUAAUUGUCUAGUUUUGCUUCUUUAGUGAAAUAAUAUUGAAAAGGCCCAAAACAUUGUUAGAAUAUGAAACAAGACUGUACAUACAGAAGCAAAGGUUACAGCAAAAUACACCAUACGCGGUGGGUGGAAUAUUGUUACACAGGAAAUAGUGGGCGAACAGGAGGUUUUCUUCAAAUGUCAUUUUAAUUUAGCAUAUCUUAUGUUCAAUUAAAUUGAUAAUGGCAGCUUGAUGUCAUAUGCCACACACUAUCAAUUCUGUAUUCUUCAGAGUUGAAGUCUUAAACUGAAAUAAGCUGAUAGAGAAUUUCUGGCUCUGCAAAGGGAUUUGAAAUAGGCAACUGGUGGUUGUGGUUUCCCUGCUAUUCAGUAAAUAGCUACAAGGGCUUGAUCAGUAAAGCGUAGCUAACUUCCCUCUUGAGAAUCGCCGAUUUGUUUCUUCAGCGUAUUUCUGUGGAAUGCCCAGUGUUUUAUGAGGAAUGAGUCUCGACUUCACCACAGUUGCUUUUGUUUCGUAUGCCUUUUCUUUUUAUAUGCCCUUUUGUAAACCAACAUUCUCAGAAGUGGCUCCAAGUGUUUUUCCCCCUGAACUCCAGAGAUGGAAUUUCAGUUGGAUAACAGGCUAAGUGUCCUUAGAGGUUCUUCAAAUGACCAUGCUUUAUAUAUUUGUCAUCAGAUGUAUUACAACAAUAAAAUUCCUGUCUUUCAAGACAGUUGCUUGAAAUGACUGUGUGAAUUCUUCUUGACACACUUUCUGACGUCAUUGAACAGCCUACUUCCGAAUGUGAAAACAAUUUGUAUACAAUUAAGGAAGUCUGUAAAGCAGCUGUCUGA